AUGCUGGGAUGGAUGUACGAGCACGCGAUGGAAGACAGUCAACGCUAUAAAGAGGGCAAAGUGAUUCUUGAGCAUGCCCUCAUUGAGGAAAUUGAGGGUUUCCCCGAUCCACUGGGUGAAGAGAUCGGAGUAGAAAACGUCAAACAGUUUUGCAGUUUAUGCUGUGAUUUGCUUUACGUGGCACUAUGUUCAUUUUAUACUUUUCACAUCUACUAA